AUGACGAAUUCUACAUUCUUCGGACUUCAUAUCGACGUUUCUGGGGAGGUACUUGGUGGCAUAAUCGUCGUGCUGACCAUUAUCGGAGGUCUCGCCUCGGGCCUUUUGCUUUGCUUGUUUUCACUCGAUAAGAAACGCCUAAAUGCCCUUAUUCAAGUUGGCAAUACCAAAGAUGCACGUAGGGCCCGUCGAGUGAUGAUGCUAUUACACAAAUCUAACUGGCUAUUGGUUACUCUUUUACUUGUUGAGGAUUUGGUGGUGGAAAUGAUGCCCUUGGUGUUUGACACGUUUUUAAAUUCAGUGGCAGCGAUAUUUGUCUCAGUUGGAAUCAUCUUGGUGUUUGCUGAGAUCAUACCACAGGCACUUUUUGUUCGCUUUGCAUUACAAAUUAGUGCUGCACUGACAUAUGGAGUACUGUUCGUUAUGUGUCUAACUUCACCUCUCACCUGGUCCAUCGGAAAGUUGCUUGAUUUUUUUGUUGGGGAUAAGGAAUCUUUUUUUUUGGGACGUUGUGAAUUACUUGAGCUCAUCCGCUUACAAGAAGAAAUGAGAAGUGAAAAACGAGUCAGAAACAUGUCUUCUUUGGCAGUAGAAGAUGCUUCGGCUUUGGAGGAUCAGGAUCAGGACUUUUCGCCGGUAGAGUCAAGUAUUAUGUUGGGUGCGUUGAGUAUGUCGGAAAAUACAGCUGGAGAUGUCUUGAAACGUGGUAUUGCUUCUGUUUAUAGUUUGCAGUGUGGCGCUCGCCUGACGAAGGAAAUUACCGAGGACAUUUUUUCUAGGGGGCUUCAGUUUGUUCUUGUUUACAAUGAUCCAAAUGACCCGACAAAUGUAACUAGCGUGCUUGAAACUAAGGUUCUUAUAUUGCUUAUUUAUUGCCAAGGUAACGACUCUGUGUCUCUUGGAGAACUUCCCCUACAUCCACUACCUCGUUUCCCAGAAACAACUCUUUGCAGCGAAUUGUUUGAGGCCUUGCAACACAUGGUGAUUCAGGUCGUCGCCAUUUCAGACGUUAGGGGCAGAGUGAUCGGAGUGUUGACAAUGCAGGAUAUUGUGGAGUUUGUCCACAAAACAUCGUUUCAGGCGGAGAUGGAUCCCAGGGCGAAGGUGCCCUUUCAAAUAAUGGUCCAUUCAUGGAAAAGGCUAUGCGGGGUGCGUGGGGACUACGUGGCAAGUGGCAGGUACAGCCUAACUGUGGGUGGAGGAAGAGGGGGAAGAACUCCUUCGACUUCCUCUUCACGCUGCAGUACGCCUCUCCUCCAACGCCCUACUUCUCGACAGGAUAUGCUGCAGUCAAACUUCACCCAAAUUAAAGUGUCAGAUGAAAACAAACAAUCAGACGAAAAGCGAACGAAAUAA